AUGACGUCACAUGAACUGGGACCAGUAUGCCUUGGAGCUUGGGUCUGCCUCGCGCCUCUCCUGCUGGGACCAGCAUGCACAGCGCGCUACGCAGCAAACUGGACCAGUCUGGAUGCCAGACCUCUGCCCAGGUGGUUCGAUGAGGCGAAGAUCGGGAUUUUCGUCCACUGGGGGGUCUUCUCGGUCCCUGGCUUCGGCCAGUACAGUGAGUGGUUCUGGUACUGGUGGAGGUCCGAGAAGCGCGCAGAGGAAGUUCAGUUCAUGCAGAAAAACUACCCGCCGGGCUUUAAAUACGCGGAUUUUGCACCCGAGUUUCGCGCAGAAUUCUUCGACCCUGAUACCUGGGCGGAUCUAUUCAAAGCCUCUGGAGCCAGGUACGUGGUGUUCACAUCCAAACACCAUGAGGGAUUCACUAACUGGCCUUCUGCAGUUUCACACAACUGGAACUCAGUGGAUGUGGGUCCUCACCAGGACCUGGUGGGAGAACUGGCUGCAGCUGUCAGGAAGAGGUCGCUCCGCUUGGGUCUCUACCACUCCCUGUAUGAAUGGUUCCAUCCCCUCUUCUUGUUGGAUCGAGCCUUGGGAUUCAAGACUCAGCAUUUUGUUGCCUGGAAGACUCUUCCAGAGCUCGUAAACCUCGUGAUGGCCUACAAACCGGAUCUGAUCUGGUCUGAUGGGGACUGGGAAGCACCAGAUACCUACUGGAACUCCACCCAGUUCUUGGCCUGGCUCUACAAUGACAGCCCAGUCAAGGAUGUGGUGGUCACCAAUGACAGGUGGGGUCAGGGCUGCUACUGCAAACAUGGAGGCUACUAUAACUGUGCUGACAGGUACACGCCCGGCCAACUUCCACACCACAAAUGGGAGAAAUGCCAGUCCAUGGACAGCCGGUCCUGGGGGUAUCGGAGAGAUAUGAAGCUCAGUGAACUUAUGGAUCUGCCGUCCAUCAUUAAGGACUUGGUGUCUGUGGUGGCGAUGGGAGGUAACUACCUGCUGAACAUCGGACCAAUGGCAGACGGCGUGAUCGCCCCGGUGUUUGAGGAGAGGCUGCGGGGACUUGGUGCCUGGUUGGGGAUUAACGGGGACGCCAUCUAUGCUUCCAAACCCUGGAGGGUCCAGACGGAGAACAGUACUGUCACUGUCUGGUUCACUGCUAAAAACAGAACUGUUUACGCCAUUAUUCUUGGCUGGCCAUCCACACAACCACUUCAGCUCACAGCGCCAAAGACGUCUGGAGCCUCUAAAGUGACACUCCUGGACUAUCCUAAUGUAGCGCUGAAGUGGGCACCAGUGACCCCAACAGCUGGAUUAAGGAUUGUUAUGCCGACCAUGCCCGUAUCUCCUGGAGAUGCCUGGUGUCUGAAACUGGAGGGAGUAGUCUAA